UCAGAUCAGCACUUAGAGGGGUUUAGUAAAGCUCAAACCCGCCUCCUGGAAGGCAGCCCGAGGAUAUAGUAAAAUGGCUGAAAAGCAGAAACACGAAGGCAGGGUAAAGAUAGGACACUACAUCCUCGGAGACACGCUGGGAGUCGGGACAUUUGGAAAAGUGAAGAUUGGAGAGCACCAGCUAACAGGACAUAAAGUUGCCGUGAAGAUCCUCAACAGACAGAAGAUCCGCAGUCUCGAUGUCGUGGGGAAAAUUAAACGAGAGAUUCAAAACCUUAAGCUCUUCAGACAUCCACACAUCAUCAAGCUGUAUCAGGUGAUCAGCACUCCCACAGACUUCUUCAUGGUGAUGGAAUAUGUGUCUGGAGGGGAACUCUUUGACUAUAUUUGUAAGCAUGGAAGGAUGCACCUGUAUGUGUCAUGUUUCAGGCUGUAUGCUGGUCCAGAGGUGGACAUCUGGAGCUGUGGCGUCAUUCUCUAUGCACUGCUUUGUGGGACUUUGCCAUUUGAUGACGAGCACGUGCCCACCCUCUUCAAAAAGAUCCGGGGAGGGGUCUUCUACAUCCCAGAAUACCUCAGUCGUUCAGUGGCCAGUCUACUAAUGCUCAUGUUGCAAGUGGACCCACUGAAGAGAGCUACUAUCAAAGACAUCAGAGAGCAUGAGUGGUUUAAGCAGGACCUUCCUGGCUACCUCUUCCCUGAGGACCCCUCGUACGACACCACAGUGGUGGAUGAGGAGGCCGUGCGGGAGGUGUGUGAGAAGUUUGAAUGCACUGAAGCCGAAGUACUGAGCAGCCUAUACAGCGGAGACCCUCAAGACCAGCUGGCCGUGGCAUACCACCUCAUCAUCGACAACCGCCGAAUCAUGAACCAGGCCAGCGAGUUCUACCUGGCCUCCAGUCCCCCAACCAGCUCCUUCAUGGAGGAGGGCAUGCCUCUGCCACCAGGGGUCAAACCUCACCCGGAACGGAUGCCCCCACUCCUGGCCCACAGCCCUAAGGCACGGUGCCCUCUGGAUGCCCUCAACACUACCCGACCCAAACCGCUGGCGGUAAAGAAAGCAAAGUGGCACCUGGGCAUUCGGAGCCAGAGCAAACCCUACGACAUCAUGGCUGAGGUUUAUCGUGCCAUGAAACAGCUGGAGUAUGAGUGGAAAGUGGUGAACCCCUAUCACCUGAGAGUGCGCCGGAAGAAUCCAGUCACUGGGAAUUUUGUGAAGAUGAGUCUGCAGCUCUACCAGGUGGACAAUCGUAGCUACCUGCUCGACUUCAAGAGCAUUGAUGACGAUGCGAUCGAGCACAAGUCAGGGUCGUCGACUCCCCAGCGCUCUGGCUCUACGGCCGGCCUCUAUCGGCCGCGCCUCAGCAUCGACUCUGCGAGCGUGGCUGUUGAGAUGCCCCAGCUCAGCAGCUCUCUGCCGGGCUCUCUGAGCGGGAGCACACCUCUCCUGGCACCGCGGCAGGGCAGCCACACCAUGGACUUUUUCGAAACGUGUGCCAGCCUCAUCAUUACCCUGGCUCACUGAGACCCUCGCACCCAUGAGCAAAGCAUCAGAACACACCAUCAUCUGAUGGUCUUUACUUCUUUACAGUCAAAAGGUGAAGGGUUAAGGGUUGUGAUUUAUGGAUUUGGGGUGCUUUUAUGUCAGUCCCAUAGUAGCGGCACAAACAUACGGUGGACACAAAAGAAACACCUACAAAUGUACGAAAGUCAUUGCAUUAUUUAAACAAUAAUCAUAUCAAAGCCAUCAGCAAACAAGUCAUGAAAAAUCUUUUUGUCAUCACUUCAUCAUGCUUCAUUUUAUAUA